AUGGAUUUGAGCGUACACAAACGGACCGGAUACGACAUAGACAGCCUGCUUGGCCAUGUCCCCAGCAAGGCUGUCAGUUUGGACAAUGGCCGAAAGAAUGACCAGCAAAUAGUCAGCGAUGGAUGCGAUAACACAGGUUUACAGACAAUGCCAGACAGACAUUUUUCCACGAAUCUUCAUGAAAACAAGACUGCCAUUUUCCGACCGGAAACCGGAAAUUUGUUGCCUUGGGACCAAUCACAGCAGUCGGUUUAUCCUCCUGCCGCGCCACCUGCCUCGAAUGACCCAAGGGCAAUAACUCCAAUUACGAGAAGUGAUAUCAGCAGAGCAACGUCUCUUCAUGAAAGUAAUUCUCGUAAUGGCGAAAAUAAUCAGAGCGCGUUAGAAAAAGCGCUUCAGGACAAACAUUUUAUUUCAGAAUCCCAAAAUCCGGUGUCAGUAAUUUCUAAUUCUGAAAAAUCUUGGGGUCUUGCCCCCACUGACGCUGAAAAUAAUGAUAUACGUGUACAAAAUGGUGAGUAUGUAAACAAAGAAGACAACUGUAUCAAGGAGCAAGAAGCUGCUAGUGUGACUCUGAGUAAUCAAGAAUCAAACGUUGAUUUCUUUAAUGGAACAUUUAUAAAAAACCACAAUGAUGUAACUAAUCGAAUGAAUGAAAACAGUUCGAGACUCGUCUACGAAACAUUUCCAGAGCAUAGUCCUGAGCAUAGAAGCGAAUGUGGUGAGGUACCUGGUGGCGUGAACACCGUUGAACACGCCGGCAGUGAUGUUGUGGUCGAUGACUGUCAUGGUGAUGAUGAUGAUGAUGACUCUCUGGACAAGGAGAAGGAUUUGGAGGAGAUGGGGAAGCGGAAACAGCGCCGGUACCGAACCACCUUCACGAGCUACCAGCUGGAGGAGUUGGAAAGGGCCUUUCAGAAAACCCACUACCCUGAUGUUUUCACCAG